GGAUUCCUUUAUGAGGUGCAACCAAAACAGCUGUUUGACAUAGCAACAGGGAUAUUCGGUCAAGGUGUCUCUCUAGCAUUUGUUCUUAAUACCGUUGUGGUUUUGAUCACUAAAAUGGCUGUGACUUUUGGACUCUCGUUGAGUGUUUCUUGGAUUUGCUGCCUGCUAAUUGGAGGGAUAACUUGUUUUACACUUAAAGGUAAUUCUUAUGGGCAUCCUGCCUACACUGGACCUGAACCAACUGGAUCCUAUGCCCAAGCAAGUGUGGUGCCUAGUCCAAAUGCUAAAGCUUCUGGCCACAAUGCCACGUCAGCAGAAGUUACUGGCCCCAAUGCCACGUCAGCAGAAGUUACUGGCCCCAAUGCCACGUCAGCAGUUACUGGCCCCAAUGCCACGUCAGCAGAAGCUACUGGCCACAAUGCCCCGUCAAGUGUGAAGUCUGGCCCCGGCGCCUCAGCAGACGCGUCCGGCCCCGGCGCCUCAGCAGAAGCGUCCGGCCCCGGCGCCUCAGCAAUAGCGUCCGGCCCCGGCGCCUCAGCAAUAGCGUCCGGCCCCGGCGCCUCAGCAAUAGCGUCCGGCCCCGGCGCCUCAGCAGAAGCGUCCGGCCCCGGCGCCUCAGCAGAAGCGUCAAGCCUUGAACAGACGGCCCGACCACUCAACUAGGGAGAUCAUAAUUUGGUUUGCCCAACUCCUUAAUCGUCGUUCCCCUGUUACUGUGCCUCCCUUUAGAAGAAAAGGUAACUGAGGUGGAGAAAUGUGCCAACUAAUGCUCUUGUUUGAAAUGAGGAUCUCCUUCACUUGUCCAGCGUCAUGCAAAUUGUUUACAGGGGUGGACGCUACAAUGGUAUAAAUGGUUUUUAUAACCAUACGACUAAAAUUGACUUCUGACUUGCCAAUAUUGCUGACACACUUUUAGGUUCUAUGGUUAUGCUUUUGAUUUAGCCUGGUGUUCCUGCUACUCUUCCAUGAUAUGCUCAAUAAACAAUUUGACUUUCAAUAUACCUUGUCCUUAAAAUAUAAUAUUCUCUUCUGCCUGCCAUGUGCUUGCUGUUUGGGAACAGACUGUGGGUCUGGAGUAAAAGGGAAUGUGGAUCACAACACUUGUGUAAACAGGUAUGUUUACCUUUGUUUCUGGUAGUUCAAAUGCUCAAGUUCUCUAAAUUGUCAGAGCUCCCUCAUAUGUUCAUACUUUACCUGUCCCUUUGUGAAGGGUGUUUGAUUUACUGUAAUCUGCCUGUUACCAUAGGUGCCUAAAGAAUGCGAGUGCAGUUUACCUCAUCGUCCCAUUGCCUGUCACUAACCUGUCCCAGGGACGCUAAAGUUUCUCCUUGGCCUUAUUCAGAAACAUUAAAUCAACUUGACUCAUUUUGCCUGUUCUACAAUGUUGGUCUGGCCAGACACAUGGAUGCA